ACAAUGUUAUAUAUUACAUAUUACGCUAGCUAACUAUUAAAUUAUUCAUUAUUAAGUAUUGAUAAUAUAAUUCUUUAUAUAAAAUGUAUAAAAGUAUCUGAAAAUAAAAUUAUUUGAUAAACAUGUUUUACUAUAGUAAUUUGAAAAAAAACAAAAAAAAUGAAACUUUUCCUUAAAACGAAAUAAUCCCAUGAACUCCAAAAAACAAUCUGUCCGCCGAGAUCUAAGAAAAAAAUAAAAGAAACAUUAAAUGUUUCAACUUAUAAGUAAAACAAGUAAAAUAACUUUUCGUGAUGAGGGAGCACUUUAAAUUCUUGUAUUCGCAGUAUCAAAGUCAAAUUUUCAUUUUGAUUCAUUAUAUGCCAAUAGUAAUACCAUUGGAAAUUUCAUGCGUCCAAAGGCCUGAUCGUCACAAGAAAUACAAAAGAACCGCUGGAAUUCUGAUAUCCCUUCCUUUACCAAUUUCUUCUUCAUCGAUUAUAAAUUCAUCAUAUUUAAAAUAACGAAUAUACUCAUUCUCUAGCUUUUUUUCAAUCCAUUUUUUUACCGAAGUUAUUUUGUCAUUUAAGUUAUAAUAUACUUGUUUUUUUUUUAAAAAAAAAAUCGUUACGAACUCUUAAUUUUCAUUGCAUAAUGCAAUGAUUUUUGUCUAAUAAAGAAAAAUAUCAAAAUGUUGCUAAAUGUUCUGCUAAGAUUUUUAUUAGAGAGAGUGAAACAAGAGGAAGAGAAAAAGAGAGGAAGGGAAAGGGUGAGACUGUGAGAAAGGAAAAAA